AAUCACGUGGUGUGUACUGUUUUCGCACAACGUGGUUGUCGCCCAGGUAAGAAGAGGCUGCUGUUCCCGAGCUUGGGCUUUUUUCUCUAGGUAACGUGUGGUGUUUGAGAUCAGCUCUUCUCUACCAGCAAAGGCUGCAUGAGUGGGGGGCGGGUUCCCGCAAUCCUGCUCGGCACAGGGGCCGCUCUGCUGCUGUCGGUUCUUUGGAUGCCGGCGCUGCCGCCUGUGGCUUCUCGCCUUUUGUUGGUACCCCGAGCCCUGCUGUCCAUGGCUUCUGGAAGUCCCCCGUCCCAGUCCUCGCCGCCUUCGGGCUCUAGCUACGUUCCGGGCUCGGUCUCCGCAGCCUUCAUAACUUGCCCCAACGAGAAGGUCGCCAAGGAGAUCGCCAGGGCUGUGGUGGAGAAGCGCCUAGCAGCCUGCAUCAACCUCAUCCCUCAGGUUACAUCCAUUUAUGAGUGGAAGGGAAAGAUCGAAGAAGACAGUGAGGUGUUGAUGAUGGUUAAAACCCAGAGUUCCUUGGUCCCAGCUUUGACAGAUUUUGUUCGUUCUGUGCACCCUUACGAAGUGGCUGAGGUGAUUGCCUUGCCUGUGGAACAGGGGAAUUACCCAUACCUGCAUUGGGUGCGCCAGGUCACAGAAUCAGUUUCUGACUCCAGCCCAGUCCUACCAUGAACAGCCCUGUACCUGCCAUGAUCCCUCUGACUUCCAGGUGAUGACUCGGCCCCCAUUAAAUCUUACCUUUGGUUCUUUCUGC